AUGAUGGAAUAUUGCUCCGAAGGAACGCUAGAACGAAUUUGUCGUGAGGGACUUGAUGAAGAGCUAGUGCGACGAUAUACGAAUAGCCUUCUGAAAGCUGUCGCCUAUAUGCAUAGUCAAAAGGUAGUACAUCGGGACAUAAAGCCCGCUAACAUCUUUCUUGAUCUGCAUUGCGUACUAAAACUUGGGGAUUUUGGAUGUUCCGUUCGAUUACGAGAACAAGCAACUGUUUAUGGGGAAAUUGCCGAGUAUGCGGGAACAGUGCCUUACAUGCCCGCUAACAUCUUUCUUGAUCUGCAUUGCGUACUAAAACUUGGGGAUUUUGGAUGUUCCGUUCGGUUACGAGAACAAGCAACUGUUUAUGGGGAAAUUGCCGAAUAUGCGGGAACAGUGCCUUACAUGGCUCCCGAGGUGCUGACCUAUGGUGGUAUGGCAGAAGAUGGGCGAUAUCGUGGCUAUGGUAGAGCAGUGGACAUCUGGAGUAUUGGAUGCGUUGUUUUGCAGAUGAGCACUGGUAGGGCGCCAUGGCCAGAUAUGCAUCCAUUCCAGAUCACUAUGCGGGUUUGCCAAGGAGGAUUACCAGCCUACCCCGUACCCAUAGGACCACUUUUGAAGCAUUUCCUAGAUAGCUGCUUCGUUUUUGACCCAGAUAAAAGGAAGUCCGCCCAACAACUUUUACAGGAUCCGUUUGCGAACCUACAUGUUGAUUCGGAUUCUGUCCUGCAAUCAGUCACCCAACUGGACAGCUCAGCUGAUGAAAGCAUUGAUCCAGCCUCUGCCAGUGGUAGUGGCGGCAGCACUAGAGACAAUACAAACAGUGGAUAG